AUGAAUGCGCAGCGGAAGCAUCUGCAUGGGAAUGUGAUGUUGUUGGUGGUAAUGGGGAUGAUGGGUCUAAGCAUUAUUGGUUACAUAGUGGUCUCCUCCUCCGUUCGCCACACCUAUUGCCCUCCCUGCGUCUGUGAUUGCUCUUCUCAAUCCCUUUUAUCCUUCCCCAAAGGAUUCAACCACUCUUUCUUUACAGAUUGUACGAAGCAUGACCCUGAGGUGAAUGAAGAAAUGGAAAAAAGCAUUACAGAUUUGUUGUCAGAGGAGUUGAAGCUGACAGAAGCUGAAGCUCAAAAAAACCAUAGGCGGGUGGACAUGGCAUUUCUAGAGGCUAAGCAAAUGGCAUCCCAGUAUCAAAAGGAGGCCAAUAAGUGCAAUUCUGGGAUGGAGACAUGCGAAGAGGCAAGGGAGAAGGCCGAAGCAGCGCUAGCAGCACAGAAGGAACUUACUGCAAUGUGGCAACAGAGGGCUCAGCAAAAAGGCUGGAGAGAAGACCCCUUGCGGUCUCGUGUUAAGCCUACGAAGGGAACAACAAUGACAACUCAUACAUAG